UUAACUACCCGCUUCACGUGGUAAACCCAGCCCUGAUCUUUCGGGUAGAUUAGCAAAGAUAUUUUUUGACCGGUGGGAUUUUGCGCCGAGGGAAGGGAGGGAUAAGAUCCCCAUCCGUGGGUUGAAUGCCAGCUUGCAGUCAGUCUCCCGGAGCUCCUCCUCUCCAGCCAGAGGCAAUCGGCAACAUCACAUUUCAAUGAGAGCAGGAGGGCACCAGGCAGGAUCGCACUCUCCAUUUCAGCCGACCUUCCCAUCACCGAUAUCCCCGGCCUCUCCCAAGAGGCUGUUAUGAAGAAGCUUUUCAGUGCGUUAGACCCUGGAACGCACCUGGGAUCGCCCGUCGUUUUUUAAAUUCGCAGGCAGCGCCAUGCAGUGCAUUGGAUAAAUCCAGUCUGGAAACCUUCCACCUGACUACUAAAACGACGACACGCGGCCAUGGGUCUGAGACCCCCCAAAGUGACAACGAAUGACCCUUUCCUGGAGACGGGAUGCACCAGUCACUGUCGCCAGUAUCUCCGGAAGAAGCUGAGGCCGGUGAGAGUGCUGGGAUUUGUCUUGAGCCUUGUAGCAGUAAGUGCAGUUUGCUCUUCAUUCGGUGCCUUGACAUGGAGUCCGGGGUACAGGGCGGGGGCCCCGUUCUCGCCAAGUGGCCUGUCCGGACCGGUGCCACAUCGAACUCUACUGACUGCCAAGCAAGAUCAUGCCCAGAAUGUUUCUGCAGACACUCUGAGGGCAUCGUCGGGUAACCACAGCCAGGGCGAUUACCCUCAAGAUCUCUUCAGCCUGGAGCAGAGGAGGCAAGGGGCUGUCAUCUUGCACAUGUUCGGGAUGCUGUACAUGUUCAUAUCUCUGGCUAUUGUUUGCGACGAGUUCUUCGUUCCCGCCCUGACGGUUAUCACCGAGAAGCUUACCAUUUCUGACGAUGUGGCCGGUGCCACCUUUAUGGCCGCUGGUGGCUCUGCCCCAGAACUUUUCACCUCUGUGAUUGGGGUCUUUAUCUCCCACAGCAACGUGGGCAUUGGGACAAUCGUGGGCUCGGCGGUGUUCAACAUCCUGUUUGUGAUUGGGAUGUGCGCGCUGUUUUCCAAGGAAAUCCUGAACCUCACUUGGUGGCCACUCUUCCGGGAUGUGUCCUUCUACAUCCUGGACCUGAUCAUGCUCAUCAUUUUCUUCCUGGAUAACUACAUCAGCUAUUGGGAAAGUUUGGCGCUGCUAACAGCCUACGCAAGCUAUGUGAUUUUCAUGAAGUUUAAUUCUACAGUAGAGGUUUUGGUGAAAAGCUUGAUUAUCAGGAACCAGGUGGUGGAAGUGGAAGUCCAACCGAAGGUGAGCCCUGAGCCUGCAGAGGAUGGCAGCAAGCUGUCGGCCAAGCCUCGCCUCCAGAGAGGAGGAAGCUCCGCCUCCCUACAUAACAGUCUGAUGAGGAACAGCAUUUUCCAGCUGAUGAUCCACACACUGGACCCACUCAGUGAAGAAUUUGCCGAUUCUGAACUUGGGACAUAUGGAAAGCUAAAAUAUUAUCACACAAUGACUGAGGAAGGGAAAUUCCGAGAGAAGGCGUCCAUCCUGCACAAGAUUGCCAAGAAGAAGUGCCAGGUGGAGGACUGUGAGAAGGCCAACGGGGCAGUGGGCGGAGCAGAUAGAAAUCUGCCCAACAGCUCUAAUGUGGAGGUGGAGGUGACCCCGCCCAUGAACGGCAGCGUGGGACACGAGGGAGAAGCGGGUGAUGAAGAGGAGGAUGAGGACCAGCCUCUCAGCUUGUCCUGGCCGGAGACGAACCGCAAACGCUGUACUUACCUCUUAAUCCUGCCCAUCGUGUUUCCGCUGUGGCUCACGCUGCCCGACGUCAGGAAGCCGACCUCAGUGAAGUUCUUUCCCGUGACUUUCUUUGGAUCCAUCUGCUGGAUUGCCGCCUUCUCCUACCUCAUGGUGUGGUGGGCACAUCAGGUUGGAGAGACAAUUGGGAUUACAGAGGAGAUUAUGGGCUUGACCAUUCUGGCGGCUGGAACCUCAAUCCCUGACCUAAUCACCAGUGUCAUCGUAGCGCGGAAAGGACUCGGAGACAUGGCUGUGUCGAGCUCUGUGGGCUCCAACAUCUUUGACAUCACGGUGGGCUUGCCCUUCCCGUGGCUCUUGUAUUCCACCUUCCAUGGCAUGUCGCCCGUGACCGUCAGCAGCAAUGGCCUCUUCUGCGCCAUCGUGUUGCUCUUCAUCAUGCUCCUCUUCGUCAUCAUCUCCAUCGCCGCUUGCAAGUGGAGGAUGAGCAAGCUGUUAGGCUUCAUCAUGUUCCUGCUGUACUUCGUGUUCCUGGUGGUCAGUGUCAUGCUGGAGGACAAGAUCAUCAUGUGUCCUGUUUCCAUCUGAGCCCCUCCCAGCAAGGUUUUCAUCUCUGGUAUAGGGUACGGGGUGGGGGCGUUUCCAAUUUAGCUUUUUUAUUUUUCAGACACUCGGACCCCUGCGUCUUCAGUGGACAAGCUUGCAAUCUGCAAGGGAUGGGGUAAGGGGCAGGUUUAGGGGUAAGAGAGGAGUAGGUGGUUCUUUUGAGGGGCAGUCAUGCUAGCUAUGUUAUAUACUUCAUUUGACUGGUAUAUUAUUGGCAGAAAUGUCUCUCUUUAAUAGACCGAGGAGAGGAUGACUCUUGGACCAUACAGACAUUAAGGGGAACUGUGCUCUAAGUAGUCGAGGUCCUCCAGAAGCAUGGUGGCGCUGUUGUGCAAUGUGUGCAUGCCCCGUAUAAGGCAGUAUUCCAGGAGAAGCAUUAGCCCCCUUUUCAACAAGAAGCAGCCAGCAAGUACGUCAUCUGUCGCUUCAAAGAAAAGCAUUUAUCAGUCACGGGGAGACGUGUUAAAGGCAAGACGAGGAACCGUGUAUUGAAGCGGACUAAAUAUGUUCUGCUCUUAUGGCAAUGGAGGUAGGAAGUGAUCACCUGGGUGCAGUGGGCAGGUUCUUUUCGCAAACAGAAGCUCUGAAGGCACCAACAAUGAAGGAGAGGAUGCUGGGAAAUCCUUUGUGAUGCUCACUUCUCUGCGAUGUCCCCAAGACUGAUUCACCUUCUGAGGCGUGGCCUCUCGCAGAAAUAGCCCGAACGUCGUUCGGAGGCUUUAUUGUUCUACUUGCUGUUCUUCUUGCUAGCAGCUUUUAGUUGUAGUACCAGUAAAGGUGGUAAGAACCUUGGUUCACCCAACUUUUUGUGGCCACUUCCUUCUCCACCCUUCCAACCCAGAGACAGGCACAGCUUUGCAUAUCGUGUAGAGAUUGCAGUAUCGAUUGGGAGGCGUAGGAAAAACAAUAUUAAGCUAGAAAUAUUACCACUUCAAACCUACCAUGUAUAUUAUUCAGUCUUAAUAGAAGCAUGUCUCUAUAGGAUCCUCUUGAGCCAUUUUGUGCUGUACAGUGAUAGUAUAAAGAUCUGACUCCUGUCAUUUGAAUAAGUGUUAUCCAGCACUCUUUAGAUUAGAAAAAGAUUUAGUAUCUAGUGCGCACAGUAUAUUUAACUCUGAUCUCUUACUGUUGAGCAUAAUAUUGAAGCUUCAUGUUAAUUGGUCUGUAAAGAUCAGCGCUAUAAAUCCAUCUAUCUGAUCCUGGAGGAAGGGCGUACGUGGGAUUUGAAUGAAAAAUCUGACAAAAGAGGCUCCAUUGCUUUUUACUAUCUCUCUUUUGUCAAUCAAAGUACGCUCUACAUCUGCCAGGCCGAACGAGUGUUUGAAUAAAUGCAUCCAUGAAUAUGUAUGAUGAAUAAUAUUUAUCAAACUUGUGAAAUUGUUUUCAAAUAAAGGGUGCUCCCGUCUCAUGUGAACACGUAUGAAUAUCUACACAAUGCAACUAUUGUAGGCUUCAUAGUUAGAUUACAUUGAAAAAUAGCAAAUAACAUUUAACACAAGUAUCCGUACACGUUUGGUAUGACUGUAUUGCCGUGUGCUUUCUUUAAUGCAUUUAGGAUUGGUUGGUUUUUUUGUCUUAUCAGAUGCAGAAUGUUUAAGUCCAUUCUCUAGGUCUGAGCUCACUAGUCAAAGACAGGAAAUGCUGAUACAACAGCAGCUUCUCCCCCCCCCAGUGGGUGUCUGCAUCAUCUCUCCUGGGUUAAUAUUCAGAGAUACUAAACGCUGUGCUUUCCUUUCCGACUCUCCAUAUUUAAACAGGCACUUGAACGUACUUCUGGCUUGGAAAGCCAACAAAGGAAAAACACACUCAUAUUUAGUCACGCCCCGUGGCUUAGAACACCACACACACUGAUUGCGAAUGUCAUGGGUUUGUACCAUAGAUCCCGUUGGCUGCGUGAAAUGAACUGCAGCAUAGUUCAGGACAGGUGUCCACAGGUGUAAAUGUUUCAGGAGAUUGCUUUGGGCUGGGUACCCAAAAAGAGUAAAGAAGAUUUAGACCUACUAAGUGUAUUUCAGCUAUGUAUUUAUUCAAAGUAAAUUUAUUUUCUUGAUUUUGUAAAUAGAGGUGUAUAAAAAUGGGGCAGUGAACACGACUGAAUGUACAAAUCCGGAAUUAAGAGAGUUGUUUGUAUUUUGCUUUAUCUUUUUUCUUUUUAUUUUAAUAGAAAACAAAUGAUACAUUUGGAAGUGAUGAUAUAAUCAUAACCUGCUUGUUGUUUUUCGUUUUGAUACGGCAUGCAGAUACUGUGUAACAUUAGUGCCCUGUUCUGCCAUUCGCUUCGUAACAACCCACAAUACAUAGUGCACAAACAAUGAACUAAUUACCUUCUUCUACAAUUGUGCCACACCAUUAUUUCUGAAUGACGUGAAACGGGUCUUUCGUGGAAACUGGUCAAAGGGAGUUGCGUCCUGCUACAGUGACUUGGAUUUACUUCCUGCCCACUGAACGCCAGCUUCCAUGCAAUCUGUGAGCUGCGUGGGGAGACUGAGUUCCUUGCCCUAAAAACAACUGAGCUGUGAUGUCUGCCGUCAGCAAGGCAUCUGUGGGCCUGUGGGUGACAUGGAGCAAGCAUGACCUUUGGCCGAGCGCGUCACGACCGUCCACGCGGCCAGCAGCCCAUGGCGCUCGGAAACGAGACUGGUGACACACUCCCAGUGUGUGCUGGUCAUCACCCUAUCUCAGGGGCAUUUGGUGCUGGGAGAAAAUGGAAGAGGAGGAGGGGGAGGCAAAAAAGCAAAUCCAGGUCACUUUAGGAGAUUUAAAAAUGGAAAAAAGGGGGAAUUAAUGGGGUGGUACCGGAUUUUAGCACAACUGGAUUCUGUUCUGUUUGUGUCAUCUCAGAAUGAAGUGGCAACUAAGAUUAACCACCAGGGGGCAACUUGUGCAAUAUAUCCACAGCAGCCUGCGAUGCACAUUAUCACAAAUAUGACAAAAAGGGCCCACUGUCUCACACGAGUGUUAAAAAAAACUAUGCUAGAAUUUUCUGUAUCUAGGGUCAUAAAUGCACCAAUGCAAAACAACGACUGCACUACAGCACUGAUUCCAACAUACAAUGAUAUAUAUUCUUUUUUUCACAUGGAUGGUGAGGUAAAUUGUAUUCCAGCUGUCAGCAUGUAUGAUAUACAUUGUGUAAAUCUUUAAUUGCAAACUACUGUAAAUAGACAAAAUAUCAAUCGACUCCUAAUACACAAACUUGCACUGUACUGUUUUUGGUGUUUAUGUAAGACUUACUUUAAAAUAUACAAAUAUAAUAUGUAACUGAACUAUAUAAUAAUCCCUUGUACACCUGAAUAUAAAUAAAUGGUAUUUCUUUAUGUAAGAACACAAAGUAUGUAAUAAAAUAUGGAAAUAAAGAUAAUUAAGAAA